CCCGGAGCGCGGAGCCGACAUCUCUAACCCGCUGAGCUUUGGCUGUUCCACCUACUGCAGGCUGGCCACCCCGCCGCGGAGACAGCGGGGCAUGGCGCGGGUGCUGAUCGUGGGCGCCGGGCUGACGGGAAGCCUGUGCGCAGCGCUGCUGAGGAAGGCGGCGACCCGUCCUUUGCACCUUGCUGUGUGGGACAAGGCCGAGGACUCAGGGGGAAGAAUGACCACAGCCAGCAGUCCUCAUAAUCCACAGAGCACAGUGGACUUGGGUGCCCAGUACAUCACCUGCACUCCUCAUUAUGCCAAAAAACACCAGAGUUUUUAUGAUGAACUGUUAGCUCCUGGUGUUUUGAAGCCUCUGACCUCUCCUAUUGAAGGAAUGGUGAUAAAAGAAGGAGAUUGUAACUUUGUGGCACCUGACGGAGUUUCUUCAAUUAUUAACCAUUACUUGAAAGAAUCAGGUGCUGAUGUCUACUUCAGACAAUGUGUGACCCAGAUCAACCUGAGAAAUGACAAGUGGGAAGUCCUCAGGGAAACAGGCUCCCCUGAGCUGUUUGAUAUUGCUGUCCUCACGAUGCCAGCUCCCCAGAUUCUGCAGCUUCAAGGUGACAUCGUCAACUUUUAUUUUCUCAGAAUAAUCAGAAGUACACUUCUGCUAACUGAUGUCUCUCCUAAAGUAAUUAGUGAAUGCCAAAGGCAGCAACUGGAGUCUGUGAGCUACUCCUCUCGCUACGCGCUGGGCCUCUUUUAUGAAGCUGGCACGAAGAUUGAUGUCCCUUGGGCUGGGCAGUACAUCACCAGUAAUCCCUGCAUUCGCUUCAUCUCCAUUGAUAAUAAGAAACGCAAUAUAGAGUCAUCGGAAAUCGGGCCUUCCCUUGUGAUUCACACCACUGUCUCGUUUGGAGUUACAUACUUGGAACACAGCACUGAAGAUGUGCAGGAGUUAAUCUUCCAGCAGCUGGAAAAUAUUUUGCCUGGUUUGCCUCAGCCAGUUGCUACCAAAUGCCAGAAAUGGAGACAUUCACAGGUUACAAGUGCUGCUGCCAACUCUCCCGGUCAAAUGACUCUUCAUCUGAAACCGUUUCUUGUGUGUGGAGGGGAUGGGUUUACUCAGUCCAACUUUGAUGGCUGCAUCACUUCUGCCUUGUGUGUUCUGGAAGCUUUAAAGAAUCAUAUUUAGUACCUGUAUUCUUAUUUUUUACAUGUACUUUGGGGUUUUCACAAUUUUCUGUUAUUGAUUAUUUUGUUUUAUAUUUUGUUGAGAGAAAUUACCGGAAAAGUGCUCUUUACUGAUUGUUAUUUUUCAUAUGGAGUAAAAAAUCAAUUUUAUAAUUUCAACAGUUACAAGUCAUGCUAGAAUGAAAUUCCUUGUACUUUAUACUUUUUUCCACUUUUCUGAAUUGCCAUGUCUACUCCUUGUUGGAGGCAAAGUAGUGCUUAAGAAAAACAAAUGACUCUUCCCCCAAAUUAUGUCAAAUCAAAGUAACAGUUCAUGUUCAGAAACCUUUAUUAUUCUUUUGAAAAUUUCAAUCCCUAGUGAAGAAUAAUCAUUAUCAAGGCCUCAUUAUAAAUCUUCAAGUAUGUCCUUGAUUCAGUAUUUUUACAAAUUGCCAAACUACAAGAUUCCUCCAAACUGUGGAUAACAGAGUAUAAUUUUUGUUUCUCAUUUCUCUUCCAAGUUAUUAAAUGAUCCUGAAUUGUAGGUCACAUAUGUCAUCAUCUCUAAGAACGCAGUUUGGAGGGCAACUUGACUGACAAAGAAAUGCCUCUUCAAAUUUUCAGAAAAUAACCAGAUUCAACUUGACUUUCCAAGUCACACAGUACUUUUUAACCUCAGGAAAAAAAAAAUCCAGUCUUAAUAGGAAAGAUAAAAAUUAAAGAGAAACUGAGAGAAAUUAUAUUGAUCUUUACCUUUUGCUAUCUCCUGUCGCUAGUGCUGUUACUUUUAUGUCCUCUGCAGUAUGUGCUGUGGCAUUUAGACUCUGUCAAGUUUAAUGAAUUUAAUACAAAAAAAUUUACUGAACCAGAAAAUAGAUGCACUUAAAACAGUUCAAUAUUUGCCAACUUAGCGGUUCAGCAUAUCACCCACAUGCUUCAGUGACAACCCCAUGACUUGCUGGCUGGAGAGAAAUUGAUCCCCAGCCUUCCAAACAAGCUACCUGUUGCUAAUUUGGAAAGUGAAAUGGUGAGUUCCAUUUUGCCAUUUUGAAAGGAAAGAAAUUGUUGCAGCCUCUCAAACUGAGAAAAGUUCAACCAAAGACUCCUUAGCUUGGUAGUAUUUAAAAUCUCACACUUACAUGCCCACUAUCAUACAUACACACACACAGGCACAGGCAGAAUUUGUUUAUGUAACUACAGAGUGGGUUUUGUGAUUCUAUGAAAUGUCAUUAUACAUCUCCUAUCAGCAAUCAAUUCAUGGAAAACUGAAAUGCCUACAUGUGGUUAACAUCACUUAUUUUUGAAAGCAUAGAAAGGAAAAGGGAAAUUACUGUGAUCUCUGGUAUGAUAUGAUAAAAAUAUUGAGAUUUCUUUCAUCAUUUUGGCCUAUAUUUGAUUAACAUUUGUCUUUAUU